AUAUUGAAAAUUUCCGUUUUGUAAAAUAAUUAAUCAUUCUAUGCGACAAGAUUAGCAUAAGUGCAUCUUAUAAACGCUUGAAUGGUUUGACACGCGCUUGAUUCGACGGAAAAAGAAACGGUGAGGUCAUUUCAUCGAGCAUCCAUCCUUUUCCUUUUCAGCUUUAGCAGAGUGUAUACCUCGUUUAAGUAUAUCGGCUGUCAAAGUUAUAAUUAUUCGCCUCUUGUAUUCAGAACAGCUUUAAUUCUCCAUAUUUCAUUUCUCGAAGAACGUUGGUCUUCAAGUUAGUGAUUGCCAAGAACUAGCAACUGUAUCGUUAACUGAAAAGGUCGUCAUCGUUCAUCUUGGUGAAAUACAAGACCUAGGGUUAGUUGUACAUGAUUUGAUUACUUUGUAAAACGAACGGUAUCGCUCGAUUAUCAUUGUACUUCUGCAUAGUUUUAACUGUCUCAUAACCUAAAAGCUUUAUCAUAUUUAGGUGUAUGUGGCGGAUAGCGAAGGAGUUUUGCUACAUAAACGCUCAUCGACUCAAAAUUGAGGUGGAUUGAACAUUCAUGUAACCACGAAAUGAAAGAAAAAAGAUAAAGAAAUCCUGCAGUGAGCGAUACAUGGCUUCGAUUGUCAGUGAUGUCUCAGAACAAAGAUAAAUACUGAGUUUAUUAUUUAGUUUAUUAGGAGCUUCUUAAGUAUUCCAAAACAAUCUUUUGAAUUCUGAAUCACUUAUCAUUCUUAUUACAAUUCAGUAUAGCUGCCGGUAAAAUACGUGAAGUUUGAUAUUCGAUGAAAGCAAAGCAAAAUGCAUGUGUUAUGCCCAUUUGCAGGUUACGAUCCCGAUUGCAGAGGUGCAAUUAAGGACAUGAUGCAAUUUCACAAACGCGUAAUUAUGGUAUUUUCCACUCUUCUUCUUGCCUCAUGGCUCGUUUUACAAUUAUUUGAAAGAGAUCUGUGUAGCAAAUCGCUCAGCUUAGAAAGGAAACUGAUGGAAGUUGACCCUCUUGAACAGUCAACAGAUAAGCUGCAACUUCAAUGUAAACCGGCGAACAACAUUUUAUUCCUAAAGACGCACAAAACCGGUUCCAGUACGGUGACAAACAUUUUAAAUCGUUACGGCGAUACUAGAAGUUUAAUAUUUGCCAUGCCUGCGACUAAAAAGAGCUACAGUUUCUAUUGGCCUCUUUCCUUUUCACUCCGGUUUACACAGGUACUUUGGAAAGCGCCAAAUAUCUUAUGUAACCAUGCCAGAUACAAAAAAGCACCAAUGAACUGGCUUUUUCCAAAACAGACAACUCAUUAUGUUACAAUAUUGAGGGAACCAACACAGCAUUUUGAGUCUAUCUUUAAUUUCUUCUUUCUCGGCAAACAUUUUAAAGGAUUGGAAAAUGCUUCGUCGCCUCUUGAAAAGUUUCUUCAGAACCCAAUGGUAUACCUUAAAGUAGCAAAUCGAACAAAAAACCCUGGUUUGUUAAAGUUGAUGAAAAAUCCAGCGUUAUUUGAUCUGGGUCUUGACACAAAGUAUCAUGAUGAUCUAAGUCUAGUGCAAAACUACAUUCGAUUCCUACAAAGAGAAUUCGACGUUGUUAUGCUCAUGGAAUACUUCGAUGAGUCACUGGUGCUUUUGAAAAGACGACUUUGUUGGAAAAUCGACGAUAUUCUUUACUUUAAACUCAACGAGAGGAGAGACACCGAUAAACAAAAUCUAUCUAACGAUGUUAGAGAGAAAAUUGUAAAAUGGAAUUCUGGCGAUGAACUUCUGUAUAACGCUUUUAAACGGAAGUUAUGGGAAAUGAUAGCAGAAGAAGGCCCAGAUUUUUUCAAAGAUCUCGCAAUCUUUCGAAGACAAUUAAAAUGCGUCAAAAUGACCUGUCUACAAGAGGGGAAUUUUCUGACCAGGCCCUAUGCUGGGAGACUGGUGCGAGGCUAUGUAGUGAAAGCUAACAUUUCUAAAAGUCUUAAUGAAUCUUGUAGUAGGAUGAUAAUGAAUGAGAUACCAUAUCUGGAUUACCAUCGCGAAAAAUUGUAUCGACAACUUUUAACUAUAGACAAACAUGAAAUUCAAGUAGAUCGUCUUAGAUGAAAAAUUUAAAAGUAUUUA